GUUGUAUAAAAAAUCUGAAAAUUUUAGCUCCAACCUGAAGGCCGAGAAUCCGAGAUUGAGAUCUCUGACCAAACAUGGAGUUCCUCGACGAAGAGAGCAGGCCCAGGUUCCUCUUCCAGUCUCGCCCAACCCCUUCUUCGCCGACCGAUUCACAAAGCCACCAAAAACCCAGUAAGCCAUUCUUCUUCGUCACAAUUUCUAUCUCCUCCAUUCUCCUCCUUCUCUCCCUUCUCUUCCUCCAAUCCGAACCCUUGAAAUCCCUCCUCUUCUGGGUCUCCCUCUCCCUCUUCCUCGGUCCAUUUGCCCCCGCUUCCCUCACCGGUGGUGACGUCCGCGUCGGUCAAGGCCCAAUCGUCGUGUUCCCUCCCAAUCAAGAACCCGAAACAUUGGAGGAAACCAACAAGCGGGCAUCCCAAAAGAGACAGAAACCGCAUAGAAAUGAAGGAUUUUUGGGUGUGAAUUCGGUGGUUGCGGUGGAAAAGGAUAAUGGGUUUGCGAGAGAAGAGAAGGAGGGUGGGGAAAAUGGAGGGAGUGGAGGUGGAUUUGGUAUGGAGGAAGAGAAAGAAUGGACUGAGGAGGAUAUUGGGGUAUUGAGGAAGCAAUUGGCUAAGCAUCCGGUGGGGAAGCCGGGGCGGUGGGAGGCGAUAUCGGAGGCGUUUAGAGGGAGGCAUAAGGUUGAGAGUGUGAUCAAGACGGCGAAAGAGUUGGGGGAGAGGAAAGUGGAUGAUGGGGAUUCAUAUGCACACUUUUUGAGGAAGAGGAAGCCAGUGGAUAAGCGAGCCGAUGGUGAGAAUGAAGGAUUGGAUGGCAGGGUGGUGGAGAAUGGUGAGGCUACGGAAGAGAGUGGUGGUGGUGAAGGCGGGGUGGGGUGGAGUAAUGGGGAGGAUAUUGCAUUGCUUAAUGCAUUGAAGACGUUUCCUAAAGAGGUAGCGAUGAGGUGGGAAAAGAUUGCGGCUGCUGUGCCGGGGAAGUCGAAGGCGGCUUGUAUGAAGAGAGUUGCUGAGUUGAAGAGGGAUUUUCGGAGUGCGAAGGCUGCUACUGAGAGCUAGAUGAAGAAUUGGACUGUUUUCAGUGCUUUUUGUGGAUUUUGGGAUAAAUGUUGCAAUGUGGAGGCGAUAGGUUAGUUAGUACUUAUUUAUGGGCUGGUUUUUUUUAUUCUCUUUCUUAUGAUAUUGAGAUUAAUGCCCUUGUUUUGAUUCUGCGUUCAAGACAUAUUGUUUUCAUUACUUGUUAUUUGAGAUUGUAUGGUAAUAAGAAUGAAAAUUAGCUGCUUAAGUGCUUUUCAGAAGUU